CCCCCUCUACAUACAUUUCUCUAAUACAUAGAAUACUACUGAAUCAUCCAUCCUUUACAAAAAUAUUCUUUCUCCUCUCUUCUUCUUCUUCAUUUCAUUAACACCUUCUUCUUCUUCUUCUUCUUCACUUUUCUCUCUGGCUAGAAAGAUGGUUUGAUGAUGGAGAGGAAAUUUGAAUCAGAUCAUAUGGAGAAUCAUAACAACAAUAAUAUGAUGCUGAUGACGAUGGGAACAACUACUCAAACAGCAACAGCAUCAUUUGGUGAUCAUCAUCAUGAAAUGAGUACUAGUAACAGUUUAUCAAGUUUAUUUGAAAUGGAUUAUCAUCAAAAUAUUGGUUCGACCUUUUCAUCUUCUUCUUCUACUUCUUUAGGGUUUAUGGAUUUGUUAGGGAUUCAGGAUUUUACUACUAGUACUCAUCAUCCUUCUAUAUUUGAUUUACUACAACAACCAACACCAUCAUCAGCAUCCAGUUUAUCACUACCACCGCCAUUACCACCACCAACAUCUUCAAAAGUACAAUCACAACCACCACCACCACCGACGGAGUCGAUUACUACAUCGGAAGUGUUAAACUUGCCUGCAACACCUUCAUCGAUUUCUUCGUCAUCAAAUGAAGCAACAAAUGAUGAAAUCAUGGCAAGUAUUAAAGAUGAUCCUGAUCAACUUGAUGAUGAGGAAGAUGAUGAUGAAGGAGAUGGAGAUGAUCAAAGGACUACUACUAACAACAACAACAAGAAACAACAGUCGAAUUUGAAAGGAAAUGGUAAAAUAAAGAAGGGGAAUCAGAACAAGAAACAGAGAGAACCAAGAUUUGCGUUCAUGACAAAAAGUGAGGUUGAUCAUCUAGAAGACGGCUAUAGAUGGAGAAAGUACGGUCAAAAAGCUGUGAAGAACAGCCCUUUCCCGAGGAGUUAUUACCGCUGCACGAGUGCGUCUUGUGGUGUUAAGAAGCGCGUUGAACGAUCUUGUGAUGAUCCUACAAUUGUUGUGACUACAUAUGAAGGGAAACAUACACAUCCAAGUCCUGUAAUGCCUCGAGGAAGUGCUUCAGCUGCUGGGUUCCUGCAAUCAGAGAUUGGAUGUGGUUUUGGUUCGUCUAUCGGUGGUGUGCCAAUGCAAAUGACACGAAGCCAUCUAUACCCACACCACCAACAACAAGUACCACCAUAUUUUCGUAACUUGUCACCGUUGAAUUUUGGUAGUGAGACUACUGCUACAGCUAAUGGUGUUACAAAUGCUAGUAUGGGCGUUGUUAAUUUAUCUGAGGGUCGUCGGUUUUGCACCUCAGCGUCGUCACCAAAUACUACUGCUUCGUCGACACUGCUUAGGGAUCAUGGGCUGCUUCAAGAUAUUGUUAUGAGAAAGAAUGAAUGAAUGACUAAUACUUGUCUACUUAUUUUUAAUCUUCUCUUCUAUAUAUCUCCCUGCAGGUAUGUUGUUACUACCUUUUACUAAUCGAGUCACGAUUAAUUAUACGGAGAUUAUUAGUAUCCUUUAAUGAUGACGAUAUCGAAGAUUAGCUAGACCCUUUAGUCUCUACUAUACAUUAGACGAAAACUUUGCUGAUCAAUAGUAAUUAUUUUCAAUGAUCUUAUGGAUUUAUCUCAGUAUAGCUACUGCAUGUAACUUGACUGUUUCAUCAAUGAAGUUUUAAUUGGUUUCUUUUGUGGAUUCA